ACUACAACAAGAUAAAUACGAAGAAAAUGAACAACACUUCACAUGCAUAUUCCCUAGUGACUGGAAUAACGGCACUAGAGUACCCUGUAAUGCAUUCGCAGAAACAACAGCAGGAAAUGGAAAUGCUGACUCAUUGCAAAUAACAAAAUACUUUCCAACCACACUCCAUGUAAAUUACAGAGUAUGGAAUACAGCUCAAGUUAAAAAAAUAGGACAAGGAAAUUUUGAAGCCGACUGGCCCGAUAGACAAGUCUCUGGAGAUGCACCAUCAAAACAAUGUUCAAUAAUAUUAUGGAUGCACCAUACAUAUGUAACCUUCGAACAUCAAGAAGCAGCUCAAAAAUUAUUUGAAAACUUCAAAUUCCAAUUCUAUUAUAUCAAAACAGGAGAAUUUCAUGAAAUAAAACAAGAAUUCUACAGAUUACAAAAAGAAGCAAACAUGCUCCAAGCAUGA